AGCGGAAAUAUUGGACCGACUAACAGCACUGGGCCAGCAGGUUCUCGCCAAUUGCGGGUUAUACAGAGACAAGCGCUUAAGCCUCAAUGGCCUGUGGGCGGGUGAAACAAAAAUAAUCACGGCGAUGUGGGAUUAGCAGAAUCUUCCAGGGCGAACGUGGUGUAAGCAAAGAAGGUGCCAAGUAACAAAUCUGUCCAAAAAGAAGUCCGGUUCAAACUCCGAGUUUGAUACUUAGGCUCACUCCCUUCAAAGUCAAUCCCAACAAACAUCAUCGUCAUAAACUUGUUUUAACAUCUUACUAAACAAAAACCUUCACCUUCUCUCUUCUCCCAACAAAUUAAAAAAGAUUAUCAAACAAACACGCCCCACAUCACUCACUGAUCUUUUUUCUUCUUCUUUUUUUCGACCUUUUUUGUUAAGAUAAAAAUGGAGAAGAGAAGCAGGAGCGAGGCAAAAAAGAAGACAGGUACAGCAAGCGGUGGCUAUGGCGGUGGUGGAAUUGGAGGGCUAAUUGUGGUGGGCGGAGCUUUGGCUAUUACUGGUUUAGUAGCUGCUUUUACUAUUAUCAAGAAACGUAGGAAGGAUGUCAGUAUGAAUUCUUCAACAAAACCCAAUCAUCCAUCCAAAGACCCCACCACCACCAACAACAACAACAGCAACCCCAAAACUGAAGAUCAAGAAAACCAAGGACUACUUUAUCUUGUUCAAACUUCUUCACUCUGUCUUGCUGAUCCUGAAGACUCAACAACCUCUGCAACUGUUAAUUCUUGCGAGUUGAUCCCUCCUACCCCUAGUUUGAGUCAGUUGGUGCAGGAAGAGAAAAGUAUAACUGAAAUAGAUGGAGGAGAACAGAUAUCAGAUAUCCUACUUUCUGGUGAUUCACAUGAAGAAAAUAUUCAAGGGGACGAUGACAAGAAUUACUUUGAGGAGCGCACAAUACCACUAGAAACCCCAGAAGGAGAGAAGAAAGAAAAUGAAGCAUCUCUCAGUGCUUUGGAGAUAGAAGACGCUCUACAUAUGCAUGCAGUUGAAGACAAAGAAGGGGAUGAUAAUGAAAAAGAAGACAAAGAAGAAGAAGAAGAUAUCAUGGAGAAAGUUGAAGAAAAUUCAGAAGGCACAGGGCAGUCUUCCAUUGAAUUGAAUACCGACACAGUUUGGCCAGCAGAAUCAAUAGAGGGCAUGGCCAUAUUAGAAGAAGAAAAACAAGCAGAGAGGAUUGCAGAAAAACAUGAAACAAGCAAAGCGGGAAAGCAAGAUUAUCUCAAUAGAAGCAGCAAUGAUAAUGUCCACAAUGAUGAUUGUGAUCCGAAUGAGCAGAAAAGGAAAGAAUUAAAGGCCAAACUUUGGCAAAAGAACGAGACUCUGGCAAUCAAGGAAGCAACAGUAAAUUCAUCUAAGUUGCGGGUCUGGUUUUUGUCCAUGUUAAUGCUAGUGCUGCUCUUGCUUUCAUUUUCUUUCGCCCCCCAUAAAGCUUUGUCUAUGGUUCUUUCCUUGUUCAGUGACAUUCAGAGCACUGUCACAAACCGUUCAAGAUAAAUUUGGAGAGCAAAAUAAAACAUUGAAGGUUCUGAGAUAGUUUGCUCUUCCAGUUUUCAGACCUGUAGUGCUCUGCUUUGCUAGAAUUUAAUCAUGUAGCAAACAUUAAUCUUUA